AUUAGUGCCAUACAUUGAAGUAAUCAGAUUCAAAAUGAGUAUCAAGAAAUUCCCAUUUGAAAUUAGACCGCUAGAACCUGAACUGGAUGAAAAAAUCAAGUCACUGUAUUUAGGUGCGAAUGAGGGAUCUGUGGAAAUUGGCCCAAAAAAGUAUGUAAUUAGCUCUAAAUAUGGCCAAGUUGCUGAAACUGUGUACAAUUUUGAAGUAAGACCAGACGAUGUGUGGGUUGUCACAUUUCCCAGAUCAGGUACCACUCUGAUGCAAGAGAUGACAUGGUUGAUCCUGAAUGACGAUUACGAUACUGCGAAGAACGUUUCACUUUUUAAAAGAUUUCCCUUCCUAGAGCAAAUUAGUACAUUAAUCAGAUUCAAAAUGAAUAUCAACAAAUUCCCAUUUGAAAUUAGACCACUAGAAGCUGAACUGGAUGACAAAAUCAAGUCACUAUUUUUAGGUGCGAAUGAGGGGUGUGUGGAAAUUGGCCCAAAGAAAUAUAUAAUUAGCUCCAAAUAUGGCCAAGCUGCUGAAACUAUAUACAAUUUUGAAGUAAGACCAGACGAUGUGUGGGUUGUUACAUUUCCCAGGUCAGGUACUACUCUGAUGCAAGAGAUGGCCUGGUUGAUACUGAACGACGAUAACGAUACUGCGAAGAACGCUUCACUUCUUAAAAGGUUUCCCUUUCUAGAGUUAUCAACAUUGUGCCCAGACCAUGUUAUAGCAGAAACAACAGAGCAUAUAGUGAAUGAUCAAAAAAUGUGGCAAGAAUACAAAGAGUCAAUGAAGCCCCAAUGGGAAGUUUUAGAAAAUACAGUCGGUAGGAGAUUCAUUAAAAGCCAUUUGCCGUUGUCCUUGUUACCUCCGACUUUGCUCACAUCAGGUGCUAAGGUAGUUUACAUUGCACGAAAUCCGAAAAAUGCAAUUAUAUCGAGGUAUUAUCAAGAGCGUUCUCUAAGGAUGACGAACUAUGUAGGAAAUUUUGAACAGUACUGGGACCUCUUUGAAAAAAACUUAAUGUAUUUCACACCAUAUUGGGAACAUUUAGAAGAAGCAUGGCAGCAAAGAAGUAACAAAAAUCUUUCGUUCUUCUUCUUCGACGAUGUGAUAAAGGAUUAUAAGAAGGCUAUUGUGGAACUGUCGAAUUUUUUGGAAAAAACCAUGAGCGAUGAACAAAUAUCGAAGCUGGCAGACUACCUGCACAUAGAUAAUUUUCGUGGUCGACCUCAAGUAAACUUUAUGCUAAAGAUUAUAAGUGUGCGAGAUCCCUACCAACACGUUCGAACAGGAAAAUCCGGGGUUUGGGAUGAAUAUUUCACCCAGGAGCUUGAGGCAAGAGCAAAUAAGUGGAUAGAAGAAAAUUAUAAGAAUACUACAUUAAGAUUUCCAAUAAAAUUGUAUUAGAGAUUUUAGGCAGACCAAAAUAUAUACUUGUCAUUAGAA